AUGGAGAGAAUCCAGAUGGUGGAGGAUUUUGGGAAGCUCUUGGAUAAAAUACUCGCGAGGGCCUUGGAGAUCAAACCGACGAGCACGAUCGAGCCGCCAUUGAACAAAUCCGACUUCGCCGAGCUUUUCGCCCAAAUCGACUCUGUUUUCCCUUCGACAACUUCCCUCGAAUCGAAGAAGCAUGCGAUUGAAACCGCCGCCCGCGAAUCCUUCAACAACUUACUGGCCUGUACUACAACCAUCGAUUCUCCCUCUUUCGUCAACAUAUGGAACCUCCUCGACAUUAUGUCAAUUCUUUCCGAUGACGAUAAAACCGAGCCAGCGGUAAUGGUUUGGCUAGUAGAGGAGCUCUUCGACAGUCAAACAGUUGCCGGUUGCCGGAAGAUAUUCGACUACCUCGAGUCACGGCGAGAGCGUAUCAUAGCGAAGUACUUUGACAGUAAAAAGUUGGUAAUAUUGAGGAGCUGCAAUGAGUUACUACGACGGCUUUCACGGGCUGAAGAUACAGCGUUCUGCGGGCGCGUGUUCAUUUUCCUGUUUCAGAGUUUUCCCCUUGGCGACAAAAGUUCAGUGAAUCUUCGAGGCGAAUACCAUACCGAAAAUGUGACCACAUUCGACGUGCCCCCGCCCAAGGAGGUUGCAGAUCCGGAGAAGAUGGAUGUAGACCCCAGUUCAGAGUCACCAUCAGGUGGCGGCACCCAGAAGGCCAGCCAGAAUUCGUCAAGUGCCCCCCAGAAGGGCGUUAGCUUCUCGAGAUCAGAAAAUGUAAUGGCCGCGGAAGACUUAUAUGUCGCCUUCUGGUCAUUGCAACAGAGCUUUAGCCAGCCCAAGAGCCUCUUUGACAACACAAAUUUUUCAAGUUUCAAAGCAGGAUUAGAAGCUACUAUGGCAAUGUUCAAGUCAGUGCAGUCGGACGUUUCUGGAAGGCAGACAAAGUCCAAUGAGGAAGGCAAGCGGGGAACAAAGCGAAAACACCACCAAGGGGAUGACGAUCUUGCAAGCACAUACAACCCCAAGUAUCUCACAAGUAGAGAUCUCUUCGAAUUAGAGAUUAGCGAUCUUUCCUUUCGAAGACACAUUAUCGUCCAAGUCCUGAUCGUGAUAGAAUUCUUGCUAUCUCUGAGCGCCAAGGCUAAAGAAAAACUUUCGAAGGCAUUGCCCGAUGGCACGAACAAGUCUGUCACGUAUGUAGACCAGGUAUUGAGCGAGGAAGAUACCAAAUGGGCCACCGAGAUGAAGAAGUCUAUGGCGGAGUACUUGAAGCAGGGAUAUGAAGGUGCUUACUUCCACCGCAUGGUCGAAACUGUACUUUCACGCGACAAGAAUUGGGCUCGUUGGAAGAUCGAGAACUGCCCGUCUAUCGCGAAGCCAUCAAUCACCCCCCAAGAAUACGCCAGCGCUAAGGUCUCGGCUCGCAAAGCUACUACGACCAAGAGACCACGGCCAAACCCUCCAAUAGGAUCCCUCGAUUUGCAGUUUCUCUCUGAAGGCGACAAUCGAAGUGGAUUGGAUAGACUGAAGGAUCCUACAAGAUAUCAACUUCCCUCUGUCAAGAGUUUCAAGAGUAGCAUUGAGCUCGACGAUAUGGACAUCGAGAUGGCACAGGACGAGGAGUCAAAGAACGCAGCAAUGGAAUUGAAAGCGAGCAAAAGCUGGCGAGCCCAGCGAAUCGCUAGCGCAACUCAACUAGCUGUAUUCGACAACAUUCAGCGAUCCGACAAAAUCGAUCUUUUGUUUCAAGACGCUGUCAGACCCGAAGAGACGGUCAAUGGUGCCGAGGAGGAAAGUCGAGACUCCCAUAGGCUACCGAGAGAUCGACGCCCGGUCGUCAUUUCCGAUGAGAAGGAGGCUGGUAAGAAUAAAUUAAUCACCAUGCUCGUGGAGGCACACGGGAAGUCUCUAGCAAAGACGGUAUCACAUACUACCAGGCCUCCCGGGGAGAAGGAGGUUGACGGUAUCGACUUUCAUUUUGUGGAUACGGACAAAUUCGCGACUAUGCGUGAUGGAGACCAAUUCCUGGAACACCAAGAUGAUGAAGGCAUUUACUAUGGCACCAGUCGGAAAGCCAUUGAGGGUCUGAUUGCUCAAGGCAAGACCCCUAUUUUGGAUUUGGGCAUCAAUCAAUUCCAACAGUUAAAGGAUCAAGGGUUUGAUGCACGCUUCAUCUCCAUUAUCUCGACAGAUACACCAGGGCUCGAGACACAAUCUCGGCGUCAAGAAAAGUCUUCGGAGACAUGGAACGGAAGUCCCCAGGCCACAGAUGAGAGAGAGCCCCCGAUACCUGAAGGACAUCACGUCAAGACAAUACUGAACGACGGUGUCGAGCAGACUUAUAAGAUGUUAGAGCAAUAUAUAUUUGGGGACGACUUGGAGAAGGAGGAUGUUUUGCAGGCAACGUCAGUUGGCGCAUCCCCGGCGAAAGCAGCGACUAUAGACGUUGAGAUGAGUAACGGCGAUGGACCUACCAGAGGAGAACUUGUGACGAUUGAUACCCCUGCUCCGGAGGCUAUGGAGACAGAUGACGCCGUCCCCAUAGCAGAGACAUACUCUGCGACUUCGACAUCUGAGGCUGCUGAGCCGACGAAUUAA